GUGAUUCCUUUAUCUUCAGUUCGCUCGUGAGUCGUGGAUUAAGUUGUAUGAAAGUUAUUUAGCAGUGGUGGCCAAAAUGUUGCUGCUUUGGUCAAUUAUCCUUCUUUUGCCAUUCUUUACCUCAAUUGAAUCAGCACCAAAGAGCUUAACUAAACAAAGUUUGGUGGAAAAAGUGAAAAAUAUCCCAGAAAAAUCAAAGGAUAGCGAUGUCGAUGGGACUUUUCAGGGUGAUCAAGAAAAACCAUCCGUGUCGCCUGAUACGAGGUUCAGGAGAAGUCCUCAGGCCUCAGAAUUAUUGAGUUUUCUCUCACGAAUUGAUCCAAAUUGCCAAUCAUACAGUCGAUUCUCAAACUGCAGGCAAGUAAAAUUUUCCAACAAAAUCUCCUCAAUCACUCCGAAACACAUUUCCGGGAUGAGAAUGUGGAAGAGCCUAAACCUGUCGGGCUUGCGUGAGGGUGCACUGUUUGCCGAAGAACCGAAUUAUUUAUUGGUUCGCCGUGAGAUUGGCGAUAUACCUGAAAAUUUCGACGCAUUGAGAGAUCCAUUUAUCCCGCCGAGAGGUCGAAAGAAAAGUAAUUACAAUAUGAUACUAAAGAGGAAUUCACUUGAGAGCAAUCUCUUCGACAACACCGACUUAUUUAUGCCUCAACGUGGGAAAAAGAGUGGGCGCAGUAAGAUGGCGAGUUUCGAUGAUAUCAUCCCGGCCGAUGAGCUGUUUUUUCCAAAUCGUGGCAAAAAGCUAAUUCAAGAUUCGCUCUGGGGGAAACGGGGACUUCCCUUAGAUUUGCAGGAACCAACACUAUUCUUCCCAAAUCGCGGAAAACGCGCCAUUGUUCGUGUGAGCAAGAGGGAAGCAGCUCCAGAUGUUGAUGCACUCGAAGCAAAGAAUAAGAUCAAGAAGGAAUCUUCGAGCUUGGCUGAUGACCUUCUCUCACAGGACCUCUUUUUUCCGAAUCGCGGAAAAAAGAGGGUGUUUGAUGUUGUUGUUGACACACCCGAUGGUGGUGAUCCCAACAAACCAUUCGAUCAUCAAGAGCUGUUGAAUAAUUUUUCAGAGAAUCACGACACUUUCUACACCGAUCGUGGGCGACAGAGAUUUCCAGCAGAUACACUCAUGACUGGUGACUUGAGCCGUGCCAACGAGCCUAUGCAAGGACUGAAUGGAUAUAUAAAUUUAAUAACGAAAACUGGAUACAUGGACAACGAUGCAGACUUUUUGGACUACUACACCAACAUGCUUGACGAUCAAUAGAGAUGUACUGUAGCUUUUGAUUUUCAUCUCAAUUAAUUAUGUACAAAUGAAGCAUUAAACAACAAGGCAAUUGAAACAAUUAA